AUGGGCCUAUCGCAAUGGAGGUGUCUCCCCCACAUCAAAGAGCUCGAGGGAGCCUUAUCCAGGCGACGGACGGCCCAGCACAAGCGGAUACCAACACCGCGAGUUUUACCACCCGAACCCAAUCCAUUCCGGCCUCGCGAAACCUUUGACUUUUCCCCCGAUACGCCCAAAUCCUUUUACUUGGGCCACCACCAUGCCGGGCUUGCCCGCAUGCGCGAGGCCCUCAACACCAUCGGACUCAUCAUCGAGUGCCGCGACUUCCGUGUGCCCAUCAGCUCCUGGAACCCACUGCUCGAACAGUCCCUGGCCACCACCUCCAACUCCGACCGGCCCCGUAUCAUCGUCUACACCCACUGCGACCUCGCCCCGCCAUCCAUGGAAGAAACGAAACAGCUCCUCCGCGACUUCCAUCUCCAGGCCGGCCAUGCCCGCGAAGUCUUCUUCACCACCACCGACGCCGCCGGCAGCCGGUCCUACCGCGAUAUCAAGUCCGAGAUUCUCGAAACCCUCAAAACCAUCGCCUGCGAGCGCGACAGCCUCCUCGGUUUGCGCGCCAUGGUCGUGGGGAUGCCCAAUGCCGGGAAAUCCACCCUACUCAACGGCCUGCGCGCGAUCGCUGUUGCGAGGUCGCUCGGCGGCGCAUCCAAAGUCGCCCGCACGGGUGUCGACCCGGGCAUCACGCGCAAGAUGAGCUCGCCGGUGCGGGUUGUGGAGCCCGAGAAGCGGGUGUCCACCAGAACGUCGCCGGACUCUUUGCCCUCCGCCGGGGUGGGUGAGGGCGUGUUCCUGAUCGACACCCCCGGGGUGUUCAUGCCGUACGUGCCGGAUCCAGAGAGGAUGAUCAAGCUGGCGCUUGUCGGGUGCGUUCGCGACGGGAUCGUGCCCCCCGAGACCGUGGUCGACUACCUGCUGUUCCGGCUCAACCUCGAGCUCCCCCCAGAAUCCUACCAUGGCUACUACAAAGACCCCUACCAACCGGAUUACGUUCGGCGUCUGCACCUGUCGGCGCCGACCAACAACAUAAGCGAAUUUCUCGACACCGCGGGUAUGCGCAUGGGCCAUUUGCAAAAGGGCGGCAUCGUCAACCUGUCCGCCACGGCCCAGACAGUCUUGCACAAGUGGCGGAAGGGCGGGUUCGGCCGCAUGGUUCUGGACGAGGUCACGCCGGAUGCGUUGGAGGCUGCCAUGGUGGCGGCCCGGGGCGAGAACCCGUUGAGCAUGAACCAGGCGCGGAAGCGGGAGAAGGAGGCGAGGAAAGAGUACAAUGCGGCGAAGAGAGCGGGGGGGACGACAUGGGAUGUGUCGGGUGUGGAAACAACAGUGUAG